GUUAAGCCUUUUAGUUGGGUAGAAGAAUGGCUGCUAGAUACGAUAGAGCUAUAACUGUCUUUUCUCCAGAUGGGCAUCUUUUUCAGGUGGAAUAUGCACAGGAAGCUGUGAAGAAAGGUUCUACGGCUGUUGGUAUACGUGGUAAAGAUACAGUUGUACUAGGAGUGGAGAAAAAGUCGGUUGCCAAACUUCAGGAAGAGAGGACUGUAAGAAAAAUCUGUGCUCUUGAUGAUCAUGUGUGCAUGGCCUUUGCAGGAGUAGAGGGAGUAAUUUCUCACACUACAUUUAAUUCACAAGAUAUUAUGAUUGAUAGUAAUGAAAGCAAUCACAUGACUAACAUCGUAACACAGCAAGAAUUAAGAACAUUAUUAGAAAACAUUGGUCGAUACUUUCACACAUACCUGAACUUAAAAAUCUAUAUGAUCAAGGCUAAUGCUAUCGGGCGUAGUGCAAAGACAGUACGGGAGUUUUUAGAAAAAAACUACAGUGAAGAUGCCGUAGCCACCACCAAUGAUUCCGUAAAGCUGGCAAUUAAAGCAUUGCUAGAAGUUGUUCAGUCUGGUGGAAAGAACAUUGAACUUGCUAUAAUAGGAAGAACCCAGCCACUUAAGAUACUGGACUCUAAGGAAAUAGAAAGUCUUGUUGCAGAAAUUGAAAAGGAGAAAGAAGAAGAAACUGAAAGAAAAAAACAGAAAAAGGCAACCUAAUUAUCUUCUUUUCCCGAAGACAUUUACUGUUUGCCAUCAUAGUAUUUCAGAUGCAUGCCUUUAAACUCUGAAGACCAAGAACAGUAAACAUCUGCAGCAUGCAGGGAUGCGAGAGUUCCUUUUGUAUAAGAUAAAUAAUCAUCCAUAGGUUGCAUCCUUACACAAGUACAUAUAAAAUGUUUGCACUGGAUUAUUCUUGUGGACCCGAGGAAACAGUUGUGCAGAGAGUAGCUUCUGCUAAAAUGUAUCUGGACCAGUCUGUGUUGCUGCUUAAUACUGAAUUUAUUAGGUGUUGUGAUACACUAAUAAUUUUUUUUUCAAGUGUUAUAAUAAAAUGAGGUUUGGUUCAGGAAUGAUCUGUUGAGACUUGUCUUCAUCAGUGACAUCACACUAAGAUGCUGUGAAUUCUGUAAGAGUCUACAUUUUCUUGGAUAAUGUGAAGAACAAAAAAGUGUGUUAACGAGUGUGCUAGUGGCUUUAGUGCCGUCACAUAUGGGGGUCCUUCUGUUUACAUUAUUGUCAGUACCCCUUGCCUGCUUUGCAUCUGAGUAAUGUAUCUGGAGAGCAGUAAUAAAGUCUCAGUUUGUGUAUAAAGUUUA